GCAGCAGCAGGGAAGCAGACACUGGUUUGAGAAAUCAAUGAGUGGUCCCCACACAAUGGGGACAAAUGGCGAGUAGACACGCGCUGCGAGUACUUGACAAAAACUCCUCUGCGGGUAUAUAGCGAUUGAGAGAAGUCAGAGAGAUUAACGUAAUCACGGGCAGAAAACCACUGCGGGCAACGGGCAGCACCAAAACGCCGUCAUUCUCAACCACUUAACGCCGUUUCUGUUGCUGCCCAAUAGGCCAAUACCCAUAAUCAUUCUACGUUUUAUCGCUAGCUCCCUCCGAACCGGUCUGCUUCGGACCCAGGCUCGGGCCACCAGGAAUUGGAAAAGGAGGAAAAAGCAGACGGCCCGAAGCAAACCACACCACUCUCCCCCCAAAUAAUAAUGAUGGAAUAAAGGAGGAGAGAGAAAGGCAGCAGCGAAAAAUUUUUAGAAAUAGAGAGAGAGAGAGAGAGUGAGGGUUUUUUAUUUUUGGCUAGAGAGAGAAAAAUUGUGGAAAGAGAAAGAGCUAGAGGUUGAAGAAUCUCGAGAAGGAUGGGGCAGAUCGUGAAGAGGAAGAAGAAAGGGAGGCCAGCGAAGACAGAUCCCGGCGCUAGAGAGCUGCCGGAACCGGAGAGGGACCUUCGACGGAGUCUUCGACGCCGGAAUGUGAAGUACGUCUUCGACCUCGACGAUUACUUCGACGAGGACGAGCUCUUCGCGGACGACGAGGACCGGCGAAGAAGAGAGAAGAAGUUGAAGCUUCUACUCAAGCUCCAGAGCGGUGGCGAGACCCAGUCAAGUGAACCACAGGCGAGCAGGACUCGGCGUGUGGAACACGCGCCCUUGGCAUCGCCUUCGUCCUCCGAUGACGGUGACAAGCCGUCGAAAAAGCGGAAAAUCGAUGAAGAUAUGGACGACGAGGAUAUGGAUGACGAAAAUGAUGAUGCCAAUGACCAAGAUAAUUGUAAUGAUGAGGACGACGAGGAGAUUAGAGAAAGAAAGUCAGAACCCAAAGCUGAAGACUCACCUCCAGGGACUCCAGCAGAGGCUCCAUCUGGACUACCGCUGCCUGAUAAGAGAACUUUGGACUUAAUUUUGGACAAACUUCAGAAGAAGGAUAUUUAUGGCGUUUAUGCGGAACCCGUUGAUCCUGAAGAGCUACCGGAUUACCAUGAUGUGAUAGAGCAUCCAAUGGACUUUGCCACUGUGAGGAACAAGCUGGGAAAUGGAUCAUAUGCAACCUUCGAACAAUUUGAGAGUGAUGUCUAUCUCAUUUGCUUGAAUGCAAUGCAAUACAAUGCACCAGAUACCAUAUAUUAUAAACAGGCACGUUCCAUACAAGAGUUGGCCAAAAAGAAGUUCCACAAGAUAAGGUUGAAUGCUGAACGCCUAGAGAAAGAGAUCAAACCUGAGCAGAAAUUGAGGUCUGGUUCUGUUUUGAAGAAGCAAACUAAAAGACCUUUGAGCCGGACAGUGCAAGAACCUGUCUGCUCUGAUUUCUCAUCUGGAGCCACCCUUGCAACUGUCGGAGAUAUACAGAAUGUUACAAAUACGCUCCAAUCAGUUGGAUCUGAGAAACCUGGUAGUAUUGAUGGGCCUGUUGAGGGAAAUUCUUUCAUGAAUGAUAGCAAUUUAGACAAGGCAGAAGAAUCAGUGCCAGGAAAGGGUCUGCUGUCUCGAUAUGGUAAGAGAUCGUUCAUGCAUGACGAAAACCGUCGAGCGACAUAUAGCAUAUCGUUAUCUCAUCCUGUGGCUAGCUCAGAAUCUAUAUUCUCGACUUUUGAAGGAGAAACCAAGCAGCUGGUUCCUGUAGGGCUUUAUUCAGAUCAUUCAUAUGCUAGGAGUCUGGCUCGUUUUGCUGCAACUCUUGGAUCUGUUGCCUGGAAAGUUGCUUCCAAGAGAAUCGAACAAGCACUACCUCAAGGUUUCAAGUUUGGUCGAGGGUGGGUUGGUGAGUAUGAGCCACUUCCAACUCCUGUCUUAAUGCUGGAAAAUUACACUGUGAAGGAACCACCGUUUUUUGCAAAAGUGAAGCCUGCUGCUGAUCCUAGGAAGUUUGAGAAGAUACCUAUGGUCUCAGUUUCUUCCAAGGAAAGCUCAGGUAGUGUACCUUUCUUAGAGCAGAAGUUGCCAUUUCUUGGUCCUACGGGAAUGAGACCGCCUUCUGCUUCUUCCAUCUCUGCCCAGCAAAUCAGAGGGAACAGUUCAGCUAUGCCACCAUCUUUCUUUUUAUCUCCUGGGAUCAAACCUAGUGGGACUCCAAAUCUUAGUUACCAGCAUCAAAAUCUACCGUCUAGGGCUUCUAUCGAAUCCGAUAAAAAGGUUCUGAAGCAGGUUGAAUUGAAUGGUCCGCCUGUCUUAAAUAAAAAUGCAGCUGAUUUUGUUGGCAACAGGCAGAUUUCUAAGAGUACGCAAAUUGAAGCUUCCAGAUGUAUGGAGUUCUCUUCAACGAACGCAAACUUUUUACCACCUGGAUCUUUUAAACAGCCCGAGAAUAAUGGAGUUGCUUUAGGAGGAUUGCCUGAUGGAAAAGUCAUCGGAAAUAGAGUGGAUAGUGAUACAAUAGCCGGUUCGGCAUCUGAUCUGGCGAAACCAGUUAGCUGUUAUCCCCAUGAACAGGGUCAAGGUCUUAGUGACCCAGUCCAGUUGAUGAGAAUGUUGGCAGAAAAGGCUCAUACUCAACAAAUACCCUUGAUAAAUCAGUCAUCAGCUGAUGCUGCUCAAGGAUUGCCUGCUCAAGUCUUGCCUUCAGCUCCAUCCUUGAGCAGCAAUGAUUCGAACAAUGCUGCUGUAGCUGCUGCACGUGCAUGGAUGUCUGUAGGUGCAGGAGGGUUUAGACCAGUUUCUGAAAAUGCUUAUGUAAACAAGAACCAGAUAUAUGCUGAUUCACUAUACAAUUCUACUCGUGAUAUCCAGUCGCAAGUAUCACGGUUUCGUGGGGAGUAUCCUGCUUCUGGAGUACAUGUUCAGCCUGAAAAGAAUGGUUCUCCACGUCAUGCUUUUGUACCACAAGGCCCAAUACCUAUGAUAGUAGGCAGUGAAAUGCAGUUCCAAAACCAGCGAAUGGUUUUUCCACAGUUUACGACUGCUGACUUGUCUAGGUUCCAGCUGCAGUCUACUUGGCAGAAUAUCAGUCCACAAAUCCAUUCGAGGCCAAAACCGGAAUCUCUUCCUCCCGACCUAAAUAUUGGUUUCCAGUCAUCAGGGUCUCCUGGAAGGCCCUCUACGGGUGUCCUGGUUGAUUCUCAGCAGCCUGAUUUGGCUCUACAACUCUGAGAUGGUAUAGUUAGAAAAAAAAGGACGAAGCUGUGUUCAUCUUGGGUAUAAUAUUUUAGAAAAUACGUUGCCUACCCAAAAUCUGCUUCCAUAAAUUGCGUUCAGGAUCAUUUCUUUAGUGGAUACGGAACAUGUGUAUCCUACUCUUGUCCAGUGAGUGCAGUUGGCACCAACUUAAGGGAAACUUACCCAGUUUCUUGACUGACCAGAUGAGAAAGCGAAAUUUGUCAUGAGCUGUAGCUCGACUUGCACCCGUUGUCAGUGGGUAUAGGUUUAGAGUAGGCAGAAGAUAGAAUGGUGGAGUUGCUUCGUGCUCGGGAGUAGGUUUUUAGCAGUGCUUCGUUUUGUCUUCGAAUUGAUAUCUGAGACAUGAAUUCUUAGUGGAAGGGUGGUGCGGCGUUAAGCAGAAGGAUGAGUAAUGUUAUCAGAAUAAUCUAGUGUUUGCAGCCUCUGAUUCGGUGGUUCACAUAUAAGGUAUUAAUUUGAUUUACAUGUAAAUCAGUGAGAGUUGAAUGAGGGUCAUUAGCUUAGUUUUUCUGUAGUUGGAUCUCUUGGAGAACUCCUCCUCUUCAUGAUUUUUCCAUUUUGAACAUACUGAUUCUGUCAGGUUCCAUGUAUGUGAUGUUCAAGAAAGGAAAAUGAUUUUCAGCCUUAGGUACUUGCUGUAGCUGUGUGAGUUACAGUCUCCUACCUGUUUACAAGUAUUGUACGGAGGAAGAUGCUUUGUGGACAACGGUCUAAAGUCCACCAAUAAUUCGUACUUAUUUUAAUGGAUUGAGGCCCCCUUCGACCGGGUAUGCCCUCUUAAAAUGCUGGAUAACAACAUCCGGCUCCGUCUAUGAGGUCUGAUAAACUU